AUGAUCAAUUAUGAUGAAAAGGUUGACCGUCCGUCCCUCCAUGGUUUCUCUUUUAGUUGUCCUGAUACGGUACGAAAUUCACAACAUCAACGAUGCCAAAAUCAUGGUAAUCAAGUUUUACUGUGUGAUACCUUGGAUGCUGCAUUACGGAAGAAGAAUGAAUGGACUGGGUUUAAUCAAAUAAUAUUAAAAGAUACCACGUUGGAUUGCCACGAUUGCAAAUUACAACGGAUAGUCGAGUGGAAAAAUCAGCCGUCUCACUCAUUAAUUGGAAGAUGUAGAUUAUCGGAAAAUCAACUAUUAAACUUGCAGUUAUUGAGAAAGUCUGAUCUGCGUUGUAGAAAGAUUGAUUCAGGUACCAUCGCUGCUGCUUGCGAUUUCCGCUCAAAUUUUUGUAAAUUCAGUCAAGAAAAGAGUAGCGACGAUCUUGACUGGGCUAGGGUAUCUGGGACAAAACACGAUGGAACUACAGGCCAUUACGCUUACCUUGCUAGUUCUCAAUCUCUUAGCAAUCAUUUCGCUCAACUGCUUUCUCCUGUCGUAGAAUUGCCGAAUAAUGUCCAAGAAUUUCGAGUUAGUUUUUAG